AUGGACGCCGCUUCCUGGAACCCCCAAGACCCGGCCUUGGCCCCCGGCCACGAUGACGAAUUUCAACAAUUUUUGAACAUGGGGGGUAUGGGAAACAUGAGCGACUCAAUGACUUUCGACUUCAACGAUUACCAGGCGGGAAAUGGCUCCAGCAUAAUGCAGUCUGGGCGCGACCAACUCGACACACAGAUGGGAGGAACCGACGCCAACAUGGUCAUGGGAGACGCCAAUUCUGCCAUGCAGCAGCACCUCAUUAACAUGACGACCGCGACAGCGCACCCCGCUAUCCCUACCCAAAUGAUCCCUCCGCCUACGCCAACGGACGCCAUCACUGAGAUCGACGCUCAGAUCCAAUAUCUGCAGCAGCAGCGUAUGCAGCAGCAGCAUCGACAGAUUCAUGAACAACAUGUGUACUACGCGAACCAGUCUCAUGCUGUCCCACCAACCCCGCAAAGUCUUGAGAUGCCUCCCGCCAGCAACCAGUUCUACCCCGACCAGCGCCAAACACCCAUGUUUGACAGCCGUUACCAGCGGAUGAAGGAACAGCAAGAUAUGGCCUUCACCCCGUUAGUAUCGCCUGCAGUAACUCCCUUGGAUCCCCAUUUCCAGAUGGAGGCCGGCGGUUUCGGCGUUCCAAGCACAUACUUCAGCCCUCUCACCUCCCCAGCUCUUCAUGCCCAAAGUGAUCAGGGCGGGCUCUUAUACGACAGGCGUUCGUCCCUUUCGGCACACAACUCACCAGCCGAGAUGGAAGUUGAGACGAACACGGCGAACGUGCAGCCAGUGCUCGAUUUGGCCAAGAAGGCUCGCAAGACCAAUGCUUUCAGGGCUAAGGCAAAAGCCAAUGUCCGACAGUCGCCCAUCUCAAAACCCCAACGCAAGAAGGCGGGCCCUACACCGAAGAUGGUGUCGCAGGCCCUUACCGAGAUGCAAGAAGUGAACGAGGAUGGUCUGGAUCAGAUGCUACCUUCCACUGCCUUGCCGGGCCCUAUGAGCAGUGAAGAGUCCGAAAACGCAUCCGUAUCGCCCGAGAAUCUGUCGGACAUGCCGCCACCACCCAUCCCCCAGAAGCAGUCGAGCAAAUCUCCCUUCAUCCAACCUCAACCCCAGCCCCAGCCGCACCCGGCGAUACCAGCUCACAUCCAAGGGAAGCCGUCGCCUGCUACACCAGCCUCCCUUAUGAAGCUUCCGGCAUCAAGUGCGAAUAACUCGACAUCAUCAAAUCCACAGGACCUGGGGCCUUCGGAACACAUCGAAUCCUUCGAACUCCCCGAAUCUGUCAACUUCAACCCAAGGCCGCAACCCCCACGUAUUGACACGGCAACUCCGACUCAAUCGCCAUCAGAUCCUGGCUCGGCGAGGGCAGCAUCUUUCCAGCCGCUGCCUUCUCCUGUCUUCGCAAAGCCGACUGCUGCGGCUUCGGCCAGCGCAAGCCCCAAUCUGGCCCCGGGAUCGACGGGCCCCUCUGCGAGAAAAACGCCGUUGCUGAUGGCUAGGGGUAGCAAGAGCAAAAGGGGAAGUGUGAGUUCCGUCCACGUCUCACCCGCUUUGCGACCCAGGAUAUCGCCCAGCAUCAAGCCUCUUCUGCCUGGAACACCCGGUAUGUCUGCGGAGGACACGGCAUCGCGUUUGCUGGCAUCCAAAUCCAACUACCAGAACAUUCUGGAAGGAAACACCGUCCCUGGUGUCCAUUACCCGAGCGAGCUGUCGACGAACCUGACGUCGAAGCGUACGUCCCACAAGAUUGCGGAACAAGGCCGACGAAACCGCAUCAACUCGGCGUUGCAGGAAAUCGCCACUUUGCUACCUCAACCUGUCAAGGACUCCAAGAACAGUGGCGAGAGCGACAGCGCAGAUAAGAAGGAUAAGGACAAGGACAAGUCGGGAGCCACACCAAACAGCAAGGCCAGCACCGUCGAGCUGGCUAUUGAGUACAUCAAACAGCUCCAGCAGGAAGUUGCCGAAGCCAACAAGAGGGCAGAAGAGGCAGAGAAGAAACUGGAACUGAAGGAGAAGUCCGCAGUCCAGGAGCCGGCGGAACAAAAAGAAAGAACAAUGGGUUAA